AAACGCAAGCCACCGAGGAUUGCAGUUGAACAGUGGGUAUUUCAUUGUAAUCUGAAUUGGAGCAGAUUGAAAUCUUGACGGAUAUAUUUGCAGGGCACCAAGUAGUUUUCAUAUUUCGAGCUGAUUAACUGUGCAGUUUGCUGUUAGCUACAGCUAUCUGUUGAUAACAAAACGUUAGCUAACAUUGACAAUCGGUGAUGCCCAAAGUAAAUAACUUAUAGCAGGAUAACAUAGCGUUAGACAUCUUGUUACAAACUAUAAUAUCCUGAAAUAUCAAUUUACGCUUUUAGAAAAUGUUUAUGCCAAGAGCGCUUAAAGUAAAGAGACCCUCAGACGACCCUAACCAGCUUGUAAAGAAAUGUAAAGUGAACUCGGAACAAGCUAGUGAAGACUCCAAAGAAAAAACAAAUUCCCUGAGUCCAUGUGAAGUGCCCUGUGAUCGGACACACACAGACUUUGGGAAGGAGGGGCAGCGUGAGGAUCACCGCGAGCCUGUUCCUGACCAAAUGCAUUUGGAGACCAGUUCAGACGGAACAUUAGGGGACUAUAAAGAGUCUGAGGAGGAGGACGAUGAUGAAGAGGAAGAACCUGUGAAGUCCCUUAAGAAGAGUCAAAGAUGGCCAGAACCGGGGGAGCCCAUAUGUGUGAUGUGUGGCCGAUAUGGAGAGUAUAUUUGUGACAGCACUGAUAAUGAUGUGUGCAGCUUGGAAUGCAAGGCCAUUCACUUAGCCCAGAUGGGCAAGGACCAACCUGAGAGUGCAGAGGUGCUGUCAGCAACACCUGGUACUGAGGACGCUUGUACCGGUGAUGAGCAGGAGCAGGCAUAUUCCUUCAAAGAGGAUGGGUUCAUUUUGGGUCUGACCGAGCAGCAGGUUCAGAGGGUGAAGCGGGAGCUGGGGAUUGUGACGCAGGGUCAGGAUGUGGGAAGACCCAUCAUAGAGUUUGAGCACUGCAACUUCCCCUCAGUUCUCAGCACCAACCUGAAGAAGGCAGGCUAUGAGGCUCCUACUCCUGUCCAGAUGCAAAUGGUCCCCAUUGGAUUGGCUGGCCGGGACGUGAUUGCCAGUGCGGAUACAGGCUCAGGGAAAACGGUUGCCUUCCUGCUUCCGGUGAUAGUGCGUGCUCUUGAGAGACCGGUGGCCCAGCCCAGUGGUGUGACAGGCCUCAUCCUGACGCCCACGCGGGAGCUCGCCAUCCAGAUUGAGAGGCAGGCGAAAGAGCUGAUUAUGGGCCUGCCCAACAUGAGGACAGCCCUGCUGGUGGGUGGCAUGCCCCUGCCCCCUCAGCUGCACCGGCUCAAGCAGAACAUCAAGAUUAUAAUAGCCACUCCGGGACGACUCCUUGAGAUCCUGAAACAGAAGGCGGUGCAGCUGGAUGGUGUGAGGAUUGUAGUGGUGGAUGAGGCUGACACCAUGUUAAAGAUGGGCUUCCAGCAGCAAGUGCUCGAGGUCCUGGAGCAAGUCCCAGAGGAGCACCAGACUCUGUUGGCGUCGGCCACCAUCCCUUUGGGAACGGAGCAGUUGGCUGCCCGGCUGACCCAGGAUCCAGUCCGGAUCACCAUCGGGGAGAAGAACCAGCCCUGCUCCAACGUCCGGCAGAUUGUCCUAUGGGUCGAGGAGCCUUCAAAGAAAAAGAAGCUAUUUGAGAUUUUAAAUGACAGGAAGCUGUACCACCCACCAGUGCUGGUGUUUGUGGACUGCAAGCUGGGUGCAGACCUGCUGUGUGAGGCAGUGCAGAAGGUUAUGGCUCUCAACACAGUGGCCAUCCAUUCUGACAAGCCACAGUGUGAGCGGAACAGGAUACUGAAGGGUCUGCUUGAAGGGGAGUUUGAGGUUGUGGUCAGCACAGGGGUACUUGGCAGAGGGCUUGACCUGGUCAACGUCAAACUGGUAGUGAACUUUGACAUGCCUCCUAGCAUGGAUGAAUAUGUUCACCAGGUCGGAAGAGCGGGAAGGCUGGGUUACCGAGGAACCGCCAUCACGUUUGUAAACAACAACAACAAGCGUCUGUUCUUGGACGUGGCGAACAGAGUGAAACCCACGGGCUCGCUCCUCCCUCCCCAGCUGCUAAACUCGCCCCACCUCCAUGAGCAGCAGAGGAGGGAGAGGCAGAGGAGCAGGAAAGGGGAGGACACCCUAGUCACCAAGAACAACCUCAUCGACAUCAUCAGAAAACACGACCGGAGCACUUUCAAGAAGUAGUCACACAUGCACCUCCAGCACACUUGUGUAUGUGUAUGUGUAUGUGUAUAUGUAUAUGUAUAUGCACUAUGUGUAUAUGAUGGUUUUUUAAUGUUAUAUACUUACAUGCAAAAUGUGUUCAAAUAAUAUGUUUAUUGUGGGGCAGUAAAUAGUUCUUGUCGAUUUGGAAUGUCAAAAAAUAAAGCUUGUGAUAUGGAUUUAUA